AUGGGAUUGUGCCUUGAUAAGAUAGAGGAGUCCAUUGCUUACAUGGAUGAGACAUACGAUGCAAAUUUCGGCGAUUGGAUACGAAACGAAGACAAUGCGCGCAUAGUUGCAUACAAUAUGAGAAAGUAUGUCGAUUGCUACAAACCUUCUGACUUCAUCAUUGUUGUUAAAUGGAUAGUCAAGGAUUGGACAUUGAAGUCAAUCAUAAUAUUCUCAAAGAAGAUGCUGAUUGAAGAUCUCAAAGCACUUGGCUUCAGGAAAACUGACGAUGACAAGAGCAAGUAUAAUAGAAGAGCCAAGAUCGUCUCAGGGCUUGUUUAUACAUGGAACCCGGUAUUCAUCACAGAGUUUGUGAUCUCUGUAACAAGAUCAUUCACUCCAAAUGAAAAGUGUCGGUUGUUAACAAAUAUGCUUGAAAUAUUUGAACCAAAAAAAAUCUCGGAGAUUCUGUCACAACUCGAAACUAAAAUCGAUCAACGGACCUGGAAUGAGCUUUUCAAAACAUUCAAUGCUGAUUCGUUUAAGACAUCAAAGCAGAGAAUCAAAAGAACCGCUAGUAUGCUAAGAGCAUACAAUAUAGGACAUUCAAGCUAG